GACGCCUUUCCAGUUGUCUGCUUCUCCGGGGGAAGGGGCGGUUGGUUCGGCCUCCAUUGUUCGGUCCUGAGGGCGCCAUGAGGGGUGACAGAGGCCGUGGUCGCGGGGGGCGCUUCGGUUCCCGAGGCGGUCCAGGCGGAGGGUUCAGGCCCUUUGUGCCGCACAUCCCAUUUGAUUUCUACUUGUGUGAGAUGGCCUUCCCCCGGGUUAAGCCAGCUCCUGACGAAACUGCCUUCAGUGAAGCUUUGCUGAAGAGGAAUCAGGACCUUGCUCCCAACUCGGCGGAACAGGCCUCCAUCCUUUCUCUGGUAACCAAAAUAAACAAUGUGAUUGACAAUCUGAUCGUGGCUCCGGGGACUUUUGAAGUGCAAAUUGAAGAAGUUCGACAGGUAGGCUCUUAUAAAAAGGGAACAAUGACUACAGGACACAACGUGGCUGACCUGGUAGUGAUCUUGAAGAUUCUGCCAACAUUGGAAGCUGUCGCCGCCCUGGGGAACAAAGUUGUUGAAAGCCUGAGAGCGCAGGAUCCUUCUGAAGUUUUAACGAUGCUGACCAAUGAGACUGGCUUUGAAAUCAGUUCCUCUGAUGCCACGGUGAAGAUUCUCAUUACAACGGUGCCACCUAAUCUCCGGAAACUGGAUCCAGAACUCCAUUUGGAUAUCAAGGUGUUGCAGAGUGCCUUAGCAGCUAUCCGACACGCCCGCUGGUUUGAGGAGAAUGCCUCGCAGUCCACAGUGAAAGUUCUCAUCAGACUGCUGAAGGACUUGAGGAUUCGCUUCCCUGGCUUUGAGCCUCUCACACCCUGGAUCCUUGACCUGCUUGGGCACUAUGCUGUGAUGAACAAUCCCACCAGGCAGCCCUUGGCCCUGAACGUGGCGUACAGGCGCUGCUUGCAGAUUCUGGCUGCAGGACUGUUCCUUCCAGGCUCCGUGGGAAUCACGGAUCCCUGUGAGAGUGGCAACUUCCGAGUACACACGGUCAUGACGCUGGAACAGCAGGACAUGGUGUGCUACACAGCUCAGACUUUGGUCCGCAUCCUCUCACACGGUGGCUUCAGGAAGAUCCUUGGCCAGGAGGGGGACGCCAGCUAUCUUGCUUCUGAGAUAUCCACCUGGGACGGGGUGAUAGUGACUCCUUCCGAAAAAGCUUACGAGAAGCCCCCGGAGAAGAAGGAAGGCGAGGAGGAGGAGGAGAACACAGAGGAAACACCUCAAGGAGAGGAGGAGGAGAGCAUGGAGACCCAGGAGUGACCUGGCCUUUCCCCCUGCACAGGAAGACUGGCCUGAGCCAGCAGCUGCUGGGCCUGGUGUGCUGGCGUGUCUGAGGGAGAGGGGGCAGCAGGAAGAACCACAGACGGAACCACGCGUUCAUCCCGCUGGGUUUGGAUACUGGCUUAGCAGGACUUUCCCAUCCAUAAUGAAACAGGAUACCAACAUUUCUUCCCAGUACUUUAGAACCCCCGGCUCCAGAAAGUCCCUCUCAACCAGUCAGUACCUUUGUUGAAAUGUUGUGAACUCUUAGUGUCUGGGUAUUUUUUUUUUCUAAGAAAAAUAAUUAAAGUACUUCCUAGUCAGGA